CGAAGUGAAAGGACUCGCUCUUCGGAAAGCGUGAGUCUACGCUUUAAUUUCGGUAGCGCUCUGAGGGGUGGUUCAGGGUGGUUUCCGCCGCCUGUCCCGGGAAGCCGGCGCCUAGGAGCUUUGGAGAUUUGGCCAUUUUUUGAGUGCUGUGCUGACUUUCUGAGACAAGUAGAUCCUCUCUCGUUCUUUCUUUUCCUCAGCGGAGGCGGGGGGUGGGGUGGGGCGAGAAACUACCCAGACAAACUUUAUAUAGAAUUUUGAGUUGAAAGAAUUUAAUGAACUGGAACGCCUCGGUGGCUCGGGGGUUCGGCUCAGGGCGUGAUCCCGGGGUUCCGGGAUGGAGUCCCGCGUCGGGCUCCCUGCAGCGAGCCCGCUUCUCCCGCUGCCUGGGUCUCGGCCCGUCACGAAUAAAUAAAUCUUUAAAAAAAGAAUUGGUGAACUAGAGAGCUGAUUCGGUAAAAAAUGUUUUGGAGAUUGAAACGUUGAUUUUUGAGGCUUUGUUGGUAACCUCGUUUGAUCAGUGAUUGUUCAUUCUUACUGGUUUAUUGUAAAUACGUAUACGAGGCGAAAGAAAAUAAAGACGUGAGUUGAGCACGAUCGUUUGGUAACUUGGUUAAAGAUCGCUUCCUUCCUCUACCUGGCCCUCCCCAAAUUCGGACUGUUUUAGGGUUUUAAACUACUUAAUGUUAACAAAUCGUGAUAUUAUAAGCAGCUUUUCUGCACGGUGUUUUAUAAAAACAGGGCAUGAAAAAAAAAAAAAAAAACAGGGCAUGGGCUCAAUUCAGUGCCGGGCGUUGGGAUACAGUCUGCGCAGCUUUAUCUUACGUCUGGCAACUUUGGGGUCGCUUAAGUUUGAUAUGGACACAGGAAAGGCUCGUUUUGAGAGUUUGGACAGGAUUUUUAUAAAAUGUUCCAGUGUAUUGACACAGGAUUUAUUUUUUUAAUUGGGUGUUGUCGUUUGCCCUGUUUUUGCUGUGUAUAUUUUGCAGUGGUUUUCUGGUGAAAAACGCUGUUUUCAUCCUUCAUAUUUUCGAUCAAUUGAUGGCAAGUGAAUGCUUUGCAACUUUGGAAGCAGAAUAUUCAAAUGACUUUUGAUAAAUGCCUUUAAUGUCUAAAAAACGUCUUUUUAAAAACUAGAUGGUUUCUUGUUCUUACGUUCAUUAUCAAGAGUUUAGGUUUUCUAUCAUAAAAUAUAAAUGAGCUUCAUUUUAAGUAAACUCGUUUUGCAAGAUUUUGAGUUUAAUGAAUUAUAUUAAUUAAUUUUGCAUAAUCCAGGCAUGAUUGGGCUCUAAGAAAGCUUUGCAGAAACUAUCUUAUGUAAAGAAUGGAAAGGAACUAAAAUUGAUGCUGUGCCUGCUGUGAACCAGACAUGAUACUCUGUGCUUAACUAUGUCAUUUAGUCUUACAUAUUCCUGUGAAGUAGAUAUUAUUCUAACUUAAUGAGUUAAGAAAUUGAGGCACAGAGAGGUUAAAUACCUGCUUGGAGCAAAAUAGCAAAUUUUGCAGUUUGAAUUUGGAUUCAAGUAUUUUUUAAAGCCCAGUUCUUUGCAUUAUGUUCUGGUAUUUAAAAUUUGUUUACAGGGGCACCUGGGUGGUUGAGUGCCUUUGGCUCAGGUUGUGAUCCUGGGGUCCUGGGAUUGAGUCCCACAUGUGGCUCCCUGCGAGGAGCCUGAUUCUCCCUCUAUAUAUCUGCCACUCUCUGUGUGUCUCAUGAAUAAAUAAAAUCUUUAAAAAGUAAUAAUAAAAUAAAAUUUGUUUACAAAAAUGGUUGAGGGGCAUCUGCCUUACGCUUGCUCAGGUCCUGGGAUCAAGCCCCAGGUCUGGCUCCCUGCUCAGAGGGGAAUCUGCUUCUCCCUCUCUUUCUCAAAUGAAUAAAUAAAAUCUUGGAAAAAAAAGAGAAAUAGUUGUUAUAGCUACAGUGUACAGGGGCAGUGUGAAUGAAAAUUAAAUUAUGACCCUGAAUAUUUAUUGUCCAUGUGCUCCAUGACAAAUAGUUCUAUUGGGAGGAUGUUAUGAAUACCCAAAUGAUGAAAUAACGGUAGUGAACAGUGGGUGCCUUUGCUAUGCCAGCCAUGCUUUUAAGCACUUGACACUGUAUUAAUUAAUGUAAUCCUCAUAACUUCAUGUGAGGUCUGUACUAUUAUCCCCAUAUUACAGAUUUUUUUAAAGAACUAUUUUUAAAUUUUUAUUUAUUUAUGAUAGUCACAGAGAGAGAGAGAGAGAGAGAGAGAGAGGGGCAGAGGGAGAAGCAGGCUCCAUGCACCGGGAGCCCGACGUGGGAUUCGAUCCCGGGUCUCUGGGAUCGCGCCCUGGGCCAAAGGCAGGCGCUAAACCGCUGCGCCAUCCAGGGAUCCCCAUAUUACAGAUUUAAAAAAAAAAAAAAAAAGCACAGAGCAAACAGCCAGUAAGUGGAGGAGCUGGGACCUAAAGCCCAGGUAUUCUGACCCAAGCCUGAGGUCUUUAUGCUAUUUGGUGUUUCCCUUUGUGUAACAAUUACCUCAAAAGCAUUAUUGUGUGAGCUUUCUGGUACUUUGGGGAAAGCAGUGUCCACUUCCAGAUGGGAUGACUUAGCACCUUUCCUUUGUGGAGAUAGAACUUGAGUUGAGCUUUGAAGUUGAAUAGGUUCUUCUAGGUGAGAACCAGCAGGGUAUUGUGGGUAGAGGUCAUGAGAGUGAGAGGUUCAAAGAGUGCAAGAUUGGUGAUUUGUAAAUGUACCACAGAGGUAGAAAUGUCUGGAUUCUAGUGGUGGACUCAAUGAAUGUUGCAUCUGUGUCUAACUACAGCCAAGUUUUAGUUGCAGUGUCAUUAAUCCAGUAGGGAAUUGUCUGAUUUUAAGAGUCUAAACGGUGGUGGUGUAAGUUGUCUAUAAAAGGCCGAUAGUAAAUAUUUUAGGUUUAGAGCAAGGGGACAAAUGGUAAGAGGUGAUCUCACUUGAGGGAUGUGGAGGCUCCUGUGUGAGGAUCUUGUAAGCCAUAGUAGGAGUUUGGAUUUUGUUGUUGUCAGAGAAGGGAUUCCAGAUGAUUUUAAUAAUGAAUAAGUCAAGCCCAUAGACUCUGGAGCCAGACUGCACCACUUACUAGCUAUGAGACCCGCAUAAAUUAUUUAAACUCACUUAGCCUCAACUUUCUCUUAAGAAAAAUGGGGGUAACAAUAGAGCAUGCCACAUAGGGUUAUUAUCAGGAAUAUUUAAUGAGGUAACACACAUCAAGUGCUUAGAUCAUUGCCCGGCACAGAGUCGGCUGUAAUAUCUGUAUUUUACAGGUAUUAAUAUAUCUGUACCCUGUGGUAUAUUCUAAAUUUUCUAUAGUGAAACAUAUUUGAUGAAAAAUUACAUCUAUAAAAUAAAAAAAAUGUUGGAAGUAUGAUGAGAUUAUAGGAAACACUAUUAGAGUUGGGAAAUUUGAGUUCAGUAUUCUCAUUCCUGAAGAGUUCAAGUAGAGGUACAAGACUACUCUGCAGUGUUCUUUGUCAGAUCUGUAAAUUGGGGACUGCUUACAUAAAUGAUGGCCUAUCAGCAAGAUAGGAAAUGAGGACAUUGUUAAAGUGACUAUAGUAUUUCUAAAGGUAUUUGUUUGGAAAGACUUCUCCCAUCAUUGAUUACUUUAGCCUGUUUUGAGCUUUGGAUCAACUGACUUGCACACUGUGUUCCCUCUUUUGUGUCUUUUACUCACUUCUUUAUGAUUGUGAGAUUCAUCCUCGUGUGUAGCAAUAGUUGGUUCAUUCUCAUUGCUGUGUAGGCUUCCUUUGUAUAAAACACAACAGUUUAAUUAUUAUUAGUCUUAAAACCAGAAUAAAACAACCAGUUUAAAGCUACACCUCAAAUUGGAAGGGUUUUUUUGGGGGGGGUGUUCUUUGUUUUUCUUUUUGUUUGGAAGUAGAGAGAGCAUGUAAUUGGGAAGGAGCAGAAGGAGAGGGAGAAAGAAUCUUUUUUAAAAAAGAUUUAUUUAUCUGAGAGAGAGAGAGAGAGAGAGAAAUAGCAUGAGCAGGGGAGGGGCAGAGGGAGAUAAACCCAAGAAGACAUAGGGCUUGAUCCCAUGACCCUGAGAUGGUGACCUGAGCUGAAACCAAGUCAGAUGCUCAACUGACUGAGCCACCGAGGCAUCCCUGAAUAAAGGUUUAUUCUAAAUCACUAAUGGAAGUAUUAUUGUUUUGUCAUUUUCUAAAAUUCAGCCAGUACUCCAAUUCACUUUGAGUUGGCAUUUGGAGAACAUAUUCCUAUUAAUAUGUGAGGUAACUUUUUUAUGUGUUGCUUUUCAGGAGUAGGUGGUUUACCUGCCCUGGGUGACCAGGCAGUUUCACAAAUAAGUCCUCCAGCAAGCUUAAAUAUAAAUAGGCCCAACUCAGAGGAAGUGGAGUGCUGCUGUUGCACAAAAAAGAUGUCUAGCGGCUCCAGUGAAGCUGAUGUGCAGGAAAACGUUAUGUCUGAGACCUCCUACAACGAAGAGCAGCAAAAAACAGUGCUGGAUGUCCUUACUCACUGUCAGGUCAUCUAUGAUGCUAUUCAAAACCUGGAUAAGAAAUUUGAUGUCAUUCAUGGAAAAGUUUCAAAAAUCCACCGUUUUCGUGCAAAAGCAUUGUGGCAAAAUCGCAAGCCACUUGGAUAUGCCUACAAAAAUUAUAGUUACCUGCUUUCCAGAAAGAUCAAAUUCCAGAAAAUGAGAAAAAAGGAGCCUCCUUCUUCAUUCUCUUACCCUGAAAGUUAUAGCCCAACUAUGCCAGUAGAAAGGCCCACAAGUGGUUCCCCACCCAAUAUUAUAGGAUCACCUUAUCGUUCAGAGGUGGGGUCCCCAGAACAGGAUCGAGAGUCAUUCCUCCAGGAGCAGGAGCCAAAUCUGAGCCAGAGUCCGCCACCUACUACCAUCUAUUCUUCACAUUCAUUUCAGCCAUAUUUCUCAUCUAAAGAGCCAGUGCAGGGCUCCUCUUCCAUGCCCUGCUAUCAUAGCCCUGGGGCCCAUAGCAGCAGCAUGUUCUCACCUACUCGUGCUUCCACAGCAGCACCUGGUGCCAUGAUGGCACAAGGUGAACCCAGUCUGGUACAUAACCCUGAGAUGAUGGCUUAUCCAACUUUAAUGGAAAAGCAGAGCCUCAACCAUGCUGCCUCAUCUCAUUGUAUCCCACCCAACUUUGCUACAAGUUCACCAAUUCGAGCUAACCCAGGUUUCCUGAAACGAGGCUUCCCUGAUGACCCUUCAACCUGGUCCGUAGAUGAAGUGAUCGAGUUUCUGAAACACAGAGAUCCUCAGACACUCAACCCCAUCGCUGAUCUUUUCAGGCAACAUGACAUUGAUGGGAAGGCUCUGCUAUUGCUCAAGAGUGACAUGAUGAUAAAGCACAUGGGGCUGAAGCUAGGGACAGCCGUGAAGUUGUGCCACUACAUUGAUAAGCUUAAAGAAGAAACAUUCUUUAACAAUUAAAAACAUGUUUGUGUAAGUUUAGCUUGGAUUUCAGUCAGGGAGACAAGUGCCAUCUUGGUGUAAAAUCAUUUUUUUGCCCUUAGAAGUUUUUGCUGUGUAGAAGGUUCCUCUAAAAAUAUGUUCUAUCCAGAAUUGCAGAUCUAUAUUACAGUCUGGUCUACUAUUAUAGAAGCCAUUUAACAUGUUACUAUUGGCAUAUUCAGACUGGGAGUUUGUUUUUCAUAUCAUUUUAUUAUUUUCAUUUUAUAGUUGACGAAUGUACUUCAUACAGGAAACAGAAACACCUCUAAUUUUUGUUCAUCUUUAUAGAACCAAAAAUAGCUGAAUCCCAAAGAGAAAAUACUAGAGAUUGACAAGUUCUCUAAUAAAUCCAUGGGUUUUUCUUACAAGAAAACUUAAAGAUGCAACUAUAGAUAGAUAGCAUCUUUCUAAAUGUUUGUUACUGUAAGGUUCCGUUCAUGAGCUACCAGUUUCCCAAAAGGGAAAGCCAUAGAAAUUAAUUUCCUGUUAUUAUUUCCGUAUAUGUUAUAUUCCUACUUAAGAUUAAAAGCAACCUUAUAAACCUUUCUUGAAGUAUUAUUACCAGUUUUUAGAUAAACUGUCAGAUAGAAUGGUUAUUUUAUGCAAGUGGUACUUAUUUUAAAACUUAGAUAUUUUGCCUAAGCUUGGACAUUUCACUAGGCAUUCAUUGCUCACAUCUCUCUGUAAAGAUGCCUGUGUCCAAAUACUUAAAAGAUAUAUACUUUAUUGUGUUCAAAAGGAUACUGUUCCAUAUUUAUAUUUUGUUCUAUAGAUGAAGUAUACACAUAAGUAAAUCUUUUCUUUUAGAAUUUAAAAAUAGCACUUUGUACUUCCACAGAGGUAAAGAUAAUCUAUUUUUAGUGAGAUGUUUUUAUUCUGUUUACAAUACUCACAUCAUUUGCCAUCACUAGUACCUCUUAGCUGACUCUUCAGGGUUUCCAUACAUGGAAGUUCUCUGUUUUGUGCAAUGUUCCUACUUCAUUUGCUUUCUGAGCCAUUUGUCCUACUAAACUUUAGAAGAUACAUUAGUUCUGAUAUGUCAUUUUAGACUUUAUUUUAAAAACUAGAACUUUUAAGAGAAACAUGUUCAUUGUUACUGUUUUAUUAUUUAUUAUCUUAUAUAACAUUUGAUGUAGUGUUUAUAAGCUAUAAGAAUCGGUGCUAAGUGUAUUAGCCAUUUGUUACAAAUGCCAAUAAAAUGUUCACCAGGGGCAAAAAUGUACAUUUUCCUUUUUGAAAACCAAAUGUACAUUAUAAACAAAACCAAUUAUUUACUGGGCACGUGAUUUAAAAGGUGCUUUUUUUUAUGUUCAUCUAUGUUAUUUUUAUUUCUUUUUAAGACAAGAUUCUAUUUUAAACUUGAUCUUCUCUCAAGUUGUUUGUGUGAAGAUGCUGUGCCCAGUUGAACAGUCCUCAGGUGUUUGUAUGAAUACUGUGUUUUACAAUUUUCAGAUUUUAAAAUUUAAUAAAGUUUUAAAACCACAAUAA